AUGCUCUCCCUAAUCUACUCCAAGCCUGCUCUGGCGGCGCCAGACGCCACCAGAGCUCACGCGGGUGACGACUCCUUGCCUAAGAUCGUCGACUUCAACACGAUCCAGCAGGCGGCGGGCACCGGCGGAGCCGGUGCCGACGCCGGGGCGGCGAAGCGGGGCGGCUUCUUCGGCAUGUGGCCUUUCGGCAGGGCCAAGAGCGCUGUGGCAAGCACGCCGGCUGCCGCACACGCGUCCGUGUUGGACGACGCCCACGACAGGGUCAUUGCGAUGAAGAAGAUCGACUCCUCGGUCCUCCACGACGGCGCCUCGGUCAACCGGGCGGACGACUGUUCCGCCGCCGCCGCCGCCGCCGACACAUGUGCCGACGAGGACUUCAUUGACAUCCAGUUGAGACAAUUGUCCUACGCCGAGGUGGCAGCGUUGAACCUGGCCGCCAGCGAGGCCCAGUCUUCGCAGAAGGCAUCGUCCCGGCCCUCGGCAGCAGCGGCAGCGGCUGCGAUGGACGCAGACGCCGAAGCGGGGAACGAAAACAUCCUCGUCAUAGACCAGGUGGAGGCCUUGGGGAAGUCGAUCACCGACUUGGAGAUGCUGGACAGCUUUAAGAAGUACGAGAAGUUCAACUCCGACCGGGCUCCGCCCUGCACGGACGGCCUCAGCCCAGAGGAUCAGUGGGACUUGUACGUUGAGGGCAAGACUCCGAAGAAGAUCAUCCGCAAGAAGAAGAACCACAAACAGAAGAAGGCCGCCCACAACUGA